AUGAGGGAAUGCAUCUCAGUACACAUUGGCCAAGCCGGCGUCCAAAUUGGAAACGCCUGCUGGGAACUAUACUGCCUGGAGCACGGCAUCCAGCCUGAUGGCCAGAUGCCCAGUGACAAGACUCUGGGAGGUGGAGACGACUCUUUCAACACCUUCUUUAGCGAGACUGGUGCUGGCAAACAUGUGCCAAGAGCUGUGUUUGUCGACUUGGAACCCACAGUUGUUGAUGAAGUGCGUACGGGCACUUACCGUCAACUUUUUCACCCCGAACAGCUGAUCACUGGCAAGGAAGACGCGGCCAAUAAUUAUGCAAGAGGUCACUACACCAUCGGAAAAGAGAUCGUCGAUGUUGUUUUGGAUAGACUUAGGAAACUCGCUGACCAAUGUACUGGUUUGCAGGGCUUCCUGGUCUUCCAUUCUUUUGGGGGAGGCACUGGAUCAGGAUUUACCUCCCUGCUGAUGGAGCGCCUCUCUGUCGACUACGGCAAAAAGUCCAAGCUUGAGUUUUCCAUCUAUCCAGCACCACAGGUGUCAACAGCUGUAGUAGAGCCGUACAAUUCGAUUCUGACUACCCACACGACAUUGGAGCACUCAGAUUGUGCCUUCAUGGUUGACAACGAGGCUAUUUACGAUAUCUGCCGCCGAAACUUGGACAUCGAGAGACCAACUUACACCAAUCUGAACAGACUUAUUGGACAAAUUGUCUCUUCAAUUACGGCGUCACUCCGAUUCGACGGCGCACUUAACGUUGACCUAACAGAGUUCCAGACCAACUUGGUGCCAUACCCUCGUAUCCACUUCCCGCUCGCAACUUACGCCCCUGUCAUCUCUGCUGAAAAGGCCUAUCACGAACAGCUGACGGUCUCCGAAAUCACCAACGCCUGCUUUGAACCAGCUAAUCAGAUGGUAAAAUGCGAUCCCCGUCACGGCAAGUACAUGGCUUGUUGCAUGUUAUAUAGAGGUGAUGUGGUACCAAAAGACGUUAAUGCUGCCAUCGCAACUAUUAAAACCAAGCGUUCCAUCCAGUUUGUGGACUGGUGUCCUACUGGAUUUAAGGUGGGUAUCAACUACCAACCCCCUACAGUAGUCCCUGGAGGUGAUCUUGCUAAAGUACAGCGUGCUGUGUGUAUGUUGUCCAACACUACUGCAAUUGCUGAAGCGUGGGCCAGACUUGACCACAAAUUCGAUCUUAUGUACGCUAAGCGCGCUUUUGUUCACUGGUACGUGGGCGAGGGUAUGGAAGAAGGAGAAUUUUCGGAAGCCAGAGAGGAUUUGGCUGCUCUUGAAAAGGACUACGAGGAAGUUGGAGUUGAUUCUACUGAAGGGGAACUCGAUGAAGACAAUGAGUAUUAA